GAAGCAUAACCCGCCUCCUCUCUUCGGAUCUGUGCUUGGUUCUUCUCUUGCAUCUUGGGACUUGUGACCAUCAUGCUGUGAUGUGUGCCCAGAGAGAAACUGAUUACCUGUGCAACCUGGAUCUCCCCGCAUUUUGGACAUGACCGAGCCUCUUCAAUGGGCCAGGUAUCACUGGCAGCGGCUGAUCGGCCGUACGAACACAGACGAUGAUGAGAGACCAUACAGCUAUUCCUCUCUGCUUGCCUGCGGGGGCAAGUCCUCCCAGACCCCCAAACUGGCAGGAAAGCAUCGGGUUGUUGUUCCCCACCUCCAGCUCUUCAAGGAGGAGUAUGAAAAGUUCUCUGGAACCUACGUGAACAACAGAAUACGGACAACAAAGUACACGCUGUUGAAUUUUGUGCCGAGAAAUUUGUUUGAACAAUUUCACAGAGUCGCCAAUUUAUAUUUCCUGUUUCUAGUUGUUCUGAACUGGGUGCCUUUGGUAGAAGCCUUCCAAAAAGAAAUUACUAUGCUGCCGCUGGUGGUUGUCCUUACAAUUAUUGCAAUUAAAGAUGGCUUGGAAGAUUACCGAAAAUACAAAAUUGACAAACAGAUCAACAACCUAGUAACAAAAGUUUAUAGUAGGAAAGAGAAAAAGUAUGUGGACAGAUGCUGGAAAGAUGUUACUGUUGGGGACUUUAUUCACCUUUCCUGCAAUGAGGUCAUUCCUGCAGAUAUGGUUUUACUCUUUUCUACUGAUCCAGAUGGAAUCUGUCACAUUGAGACUUCUGGUCUUGAUGGAGAGAGCAAUUUAAAACAGAAGCAGGUGGUUCGGAGAUAUGCAGAGCAGGACUCUGAGGUUGAUCCUGAGAAAUUCUCCAGUAGGAUAGAAUGUGAAAGUCCAAACAAUGACCUCAGCAGAUUCCGAGGCUUCCUAGAACAUUCCAACAGAGAGCGUGUGGGUCUCAGUAAAGAGAAUUUAUUACUUAGAGGAUGCACCAUUAGAAACACAGAGGCUGUCAUGGGCAUUGUGGUCUAUGCAGGCCAUGAAACCAAAGCAAUGCUGAACAACAGCGGACCAAGAUAUAAGCGCAGCAAAUUAGAAAGAAGAGCAAAUACAGAUGUCCUCUGGUGUGUCCUACUUUUGGUUAUAAUGUGUUUAACUGGUGCAUUGGGUCAUGGAAUCUGGUUGAGCAGAUAUGAAAACAUACCCUUUUUUAAUAUCCCUGAGCCAGAUGGACAUAUCAUAUCACCAGUGUUGGCAGGUUUCUAUAUGUUUUGGACCAUGAUCAUUUUGUUACAGGUCUUGAUUCCCAUUUCUCUCUAUGUUUCCAUUGAAAUUGUGAAGCUUGGCCAGAUAUAUUUUAUUCAAAGCGAUGUGGAUUUCUACAAUGAGAAAAUGGGUUCUACCGUUCAGUGCCGAGCCCUGAACAUCACUGAGGAUCUUGGACAGAUUCAGUACCUCUUUUCUGAUAAAACAGGAACCCUCACUGAGAAUAAGAUGGUUUUUCGAAGAUGUAGUGUGGCAGGCUUUGAUUACUGCCAUGAAGAAAAUGCCAAGAGGUUGGAAUCCUAUCAGGAAGCUGCCUCUGAAGAUGAAGAUUCUGCCGACACUCCCAGUGGCUCCCUCAGCAAUAUGGCGAAACUGAGGGCCCCCAGCUGCAGGACAGUUCACAAUCGGCCUCUAGGAAGUAUCUCCUCGAAUCAUCUUACUGGGAGCUGUUUUGCUCUAGAAAGUAGAGAAGGAGCCAGUGAAGUGCCUCAUUCCAGACAGGCUGCUUUCAGUAGCCCCAUUGAAACAGAUGUGGUACCAGACAUCAGGCUUUUGGACAAGUUUAGUCAGAUUACACCUCUGCUCUUCACCCCAACGGAUGAGACUAUCCCAGAUCCACCACUGGAGACUCUGUACAUCAUCGACUUCUUUAUUGCAUUGGCAAUAUGCAACACAGUAGUGGUUUCUGCUCCUAACCAGCCACGGCAAAAGGUCGGACUCUCUUCUCUGCGUGGAAUACCCAUUAAAUCUUUGGAAGAGAUUAAAAACCUCUUCCAGAGACUGUCUGUCCGAAGGUCGAGUUCACCAUCUCUUGCCAGUGGGAAAGAGCCAUCUGGAGUCCCAAACGCCUUUGUGAGCAGACUCUCUCUGUUUAAUAGAAUGAAACCAGCCUCACCUGUGGAGGAAGAGAUCUCCCAGACAAGUGAGAGCCUCCAGGGCUCUGAUAACUCAGCAUGUCCCACAGAAAUUGAGAAACAAAACAGCAAUGCAGGCAUCGCAAAUGGCAAGGUGGAAGCCCUCGCUGGACAGCCCUUGACCUCCAGCCUGUGUUAUGAGGCUGAGAGCCCCGAUGAAGCCGCCUUAGUGUACGCUGCCCGGGCUUACCAGUGCACUCUGCAGUCCCGGACCCCAGAGCAGGUCGUGGUGGACUUCGCUGCUUUGGGACCAUUAACAUUUCAACUCCUACAUAUCCUGCCCUUCGAUUCAGUAAGGAAAAGAAUGUCCGUGGUGGUCCGGCACCCCCUUUCCAACCAAGUGGUUGUAUAUACAAAGGGCGCUGAUUCCACGAUCAUGGAGUUGCUCUCUGUGGCUUCCCCAGAUGGACCAGGUCUGGAAAAACAGCAGAUGAUGAUAAGGGAGAAAACCCAGAAGCACUUGGAUGACUACGCCAAACGAGGGCUGCGCACUCUGUGUAUAGCGAAGAGGGUCAUGAGUGACACUGAAUAUGCAGAGUGGCUGAGAAAUCAUUUUUUAGCUGAAACCAGCAUUGACAACAGGGAAGAAUUACUCCUUGAAUCUGCCAUGAGGUUGGAGAACAAACUAACUUUACUUGGUGCUACUGGCAUUGAAGAUCGUCUGCAGGAGGGGGUCCCUGAGGCUAUAGAAGCCCUUCACAAAGCUGGAAUCAAGAUCUGGAUGCUGACAGGGGACAAACAGGAGACAGCUGUCAAUAUUGCUUAUGCGUGCAAAUUACUGGAGCCAAAUGACAAGCUCUUUAUCCUCAAUACUGAAAGUAAAAAUGCCUGUGAGAUGCUGAUGGAUACAAUUUUGAAAGAACUUCAGAAGAAGAACCCAGCUUCUCCAGAGCAAGCAUCGUUGAGUGCCGGUUUACACCAGCCUCCUCCCACCCUGCAGGGCUCAGGGCUUCGGGCUGCACUCAUUAUCACAGGGAAGACCCUGGAGUUUGCCCUGCAAGAGAGUCUGCAGAAGCAGUUCCUGGAGCUGACUGCUUGCUGCCAAGCUGUCGUCUGCUGCCGAGCCACACCCCUGCAGAAGAGCGAGGUGGUAAAACUGGUGCGCAGCCACCUCCGGGUGAUGACCCUGGCCAUCGGUGAUGGUGCCAACGAUGUCAGCAUGAUUCAAGUGGCAGACAUUGGCAUUGGUAUCUCUGGGCAAGAAGGCAUGCAGGCUGUGAUGGCCAGCGACUUUGCUGUUUCUCAGUUUAGACAUCUCAGCAAGCUCCUCCUCGUCCACGGGCACUGGUGUUAUACCCGACUUUCCAACAUGAUUCUGUAUUUUUUCUACAAGAACGUGGCCUAUGUGAACCUCCUUUUCUGGUACCAGUUCUUUUGUGGGUUUUCAGGAACAUCCAUGACUGACUACUGGGUCUUGAUCUUCUUCAACCUUCUUUUCACAUCUGCACCUCCCGUCAUUUAUGGAGUCCUAGAGAAAGACGUGUCUGCAGAGACUCUCAUGCAGCUGCCUGAGCUCUACAGAAGUGGCCAGAGGUCAGAGGCAUACUUACCCCUCACCUUCUGGAUUACUUUGCUGGAUGCCUUUUAUCAGAGCCUGGUCUGCUUCUUUGUGCCUUACUAUACCUACCAGGGCUCAGACAUUGACAUCUUUACAUUUGGUAACCCCCUGAACACAGCUGCUCUGUUCGUCAUUCUCCUCCAUCUGGUGAUAGAAAGCAAGAGUUUGACAUGGAUCCACAUGCUGGUCAUCGUUGGGAGCAUCUUGUCCUAUUUUUUCUUCGCCUUGGCUUUUGGAGCCAUGUGUGUAAUUUGUAACCCACCAUCCAACCCCUAUUGGAUUAUGCAGGAGCACAUGGCAGAUCCAGUGUUCUACUUAGUUUGUGUUCUCACAACCUGUGUUGCUCUACUGCCCAGGUUUAUAUACAGAGUUCUUCAGGGAUCCCUCUUUCCAUCUCCAAUUCUGAGGGCAAAACACUUGGAUAGACUGCCUGCAGAGGAGAGGAUUGAAGCUCUCAAGAAGUGGAGAGGGCCUGGGCAGAUGGAUCAGUUGACGUCUAAGUAUGCUGACCACUCAGCGGUUGAGUCAGAGAGAAUACCCAUUUAUGACCCAUCUGCUGUCUUUGCAGCGAUGUCGGCAACUGCUUGUGCUGUUGAGAAAGGAAACUUACCUGUAUGUGAAACUGCUUUAGACUCAGACUUCUCUGAAACUAAGGCCUCAGGGAUGGCUGGACCCUCAAAGGAUUAA